AUGAACAAGUGGCUGCUGGUUGCGUCGCUCGUCGCUUCGGCGUCGGCGACAUGCUACUACCCCGAUGGCAGCAACGCGGCCAAGGACUACAAGUAUGAGCCUUGCGGUAAUUCGACAACGACAUAUUCGACUUGUUGCUACUUUGGCGAAGGCGACAAGUGCUUGGCGAAUGGACUGUGCAACCAGCCAGAUCGAUUCGACUACCGUGCGGCUUGCCAGAACAAGGACUGGUCGAAUUGUCCCGAGGUUUGCAUGGACACCGAUUCUGGUACCUGGUUCGCUCUCCAAGAAUGCAGCAAGAAUAAAUACUGCUGCCCCCCGGCCGACGGAAGCGAUUGUUGCAAGAGCGGCGCUGUUAUCUACACCCUCGCAGCCCCGAGCCCAGACGGCGACAGCGACUCCAGUAGCGAUACCAACAGCGGGAGCGAGAGUGGAACUGCCGCUGCUGGAGCUGCCGACGCGACUCGAACAGGAAGCUCUACAGCAGAGACAAGCUCGAGCUCGAGUGACGACAAGGGAGGAGCUCCUAUUGGUGCCAUCGUUGGAGGUGUUGUUGGAGGUAUCGCCGUGAUUGCAAUCUUGGCUGUUGGAGGCUUCUGCUUCUUCAGACGCCGAGGAAAGAAGCCCACCACUUCGCCAGAGGGAACCGUCGUCGUGGAAGGUGGUGCAGGCUCGAGCGGAUCCAACAGCAGCGACAUCAGCAAGGAAAAGGCAGCUGCGUAUAAGCAGCCUCAAUCUGGCGUGGCCGAAGUCGAAGGCACCGCUGGCAAUGUCUACACGGAGGCCGACUCUACUGCUAUCAGCAAGGCCCGUUUCAAUGUCCGACAAGAAGCCGGUGAGGAGGCUCGCAUUGCGGCCGAGGGAAUGAAGACUGAGACGUAUCAGUCCACAGCGCCUCAGAAGCAGCAGCAGCAUUUCACAGAGAUCGAGGGAUCCCGGGGCAACGUCUACUCCGAGGCCGAUUCGCAGGCCAUCAGCAAGGCCCGGUUCGACGCCUGGCGACAAGCUGAAGAGGCCUCACAGUUCUCACAUCAGCAAGAAAAGCCAACUAUCAAGCCUGUCAUGAAGAGCCCAACUGCCUCACCCAACUUGGCCGAGAUUGCGGGAAGCCCAGGCAAUGUCUACACCGAAGCUGAUUCGCAACCCGUCACCCAUACCCACUCUACAAUCGUGUCGCACCCUUCUGCUGGACUGUCUUCUACAACUUCGUCCCCCAGUAUUGACCAGUCAAGCAUCAAUCAUUCGGCGUUUCACACCGCUUACGGGAGUCCAGUCAACAGCCACGGACAUAUGACUAGCUUUCCCCACGAUGCCACUUUACAUCAGCUUGAUCAACAUACCCACGCCUCGGAGGCGAAGCCGACAGCCAGCCAGCCCAACAUCAACUUGCCAGGCAUUCAAAACUUCACGGAGACCGAAAACGCUGGCACCACCUUUACCGAGAGUGUCUCGCAAGCCAUCAAUCACCCCCACGAUACCACUGCGCACCAUACUUCGAGCACCGAACUGUCUUCUUCUGAGACCAAGCCAGCCCUUGACUUGCCGAACAUCCAAGCCUCUGGAGGAAGCCUAUGGGAUGUCUAUUCCAGCAGUGCACACGCUGCAGCCUCUCAGCCAGCGACCAAGAUCAACCACCCGAGCUUUGCUGAGGCCGAGGGCAGCGCAGGAACCGUGUUCACUGAAGCCGACUCACAGCCUAUUAGCAAGCCUCAUCCUACUUCCUUCCAGCUGCUUGGUGACAACACUUUGACUUCAACAAGUCAUCACGCCGGACACCAGGCCAGCUUUACAGAGACCAUUGAAUCCCCGGGUAUCGUGUCUACGGAAUCUCAUUCUCAUACUGUUAGCAUCCCCCAACCAACAACUGUGAUUACGACGACCACAACUCACGCUUCAUCUUCAUCUGAGAAGCCAUCUUCUAGACCCGGACAACAAAAUUUUGCAGAAGUUCAUGGCAGCCCAGGCAAUGUUUAUACCGAAGUUGAUUCUCAGCCAAUUGGAAAGCCUCGCCCCGGAAACCAAGCUGAGGAGCAUGUGUCAGGAGUAUCUGAAGAAGUGAACGGGUCGUCGACGCAUCAGACACACCAGCACUAUACCUCUGCCAUCAAUGAGACAGCUACUAGCUUUUACACUGAAGUCGUCUCUCAUUCCACGAACCAAGAGAAGCCCACAACACAAAAGCCCAUGGAGUCGAGUGUGGUGGAAGUCGAGGGAAGUGCCGGCAACAGAUACACUGAGGCCGACUCACAACCGAUCAACUUCACCCGUAUCGAGAACCAGCACUCUCACCAGCAGACACAAGCUACCUCCGGAGGCAGUUCUCUUACGAUGCAACAGCAACUGGACUUGGCUGAGAUUGAGGGAAGUGCCGGCAAGCUUUUCCUAGAAGCCGACUCGACGGCUAUCAGCCCAGCUCCAGAAGACACAACACCUGCUGGAAAGGAGUCGACAAUGAAUAUUACUCAACUGAGUCUUCCCGAGAUUGAGGGCAGCCAAGGAACUAUCUUCGUGGAAGCCGAUUCUCAGAUUCUUGAGUGGACCAGGGAGGAGCCCAAGACGGUCACACAGCAAACUUCAACCUUGACCGAAGUUGAAGGGACGCCUGGAAACGUGUACUCUGAGGCUGAUUCAAAGGCCAUCGGUCAAAGCCAGACCAAGGACAGCACUGUAGAGCUUGACGCACCACUACGGAAGUUUGUCGAGAUUGAGGGAAGCGUGGGAAACGUUUACAGUGAAGCUGAUUCAAAGACUGUCAACGUGGACCGGCGCCAGGAGACUAAGACAACGACUGAGACGAAGGGAACACACGAGCUGUCGUAA